AUGUCGACCGAUGCGCCUCGCAAGCGCAGCGUCGCCGAUGAACCCGUCACGUCUGUGCUUCCUGGUGGUGAUGUACCGUACGACCCGACCCACGAGUUCGACGCCGACGAGGAGGUGCUGGCGGCUUUGGGUUACAAGAGCGAGUUUAAGAGAGAGUUUUCCUUGUUUACGACCUUCUGUGUUAGCUUUGCGGUGCUGGGGUUGCUUCCGAGUUUCGCGAGUACACUGUACUAUGGCAUGGGUUACGCGGGCACGGCUGGUAUGACAUGGGGCUGGAUAGUCGCUAUGGUUGGGAUCCAGUGCGUAGCGUGCAGCAUGGCGGAGCUCUGCAGUUCCAUGCCCACCAGCGGAGGUCUGUAUUACGCGUCUGCGGUACUUGCACCUCCCGGCUGGGGUCCUCUUGCGGCGUGGAUAACAGGAUGGAGUAAUUGGCUUGCCCAAGUCACUGCUGCACCAUCCGUGAACUAUGGCGUAGCUGCCAUGAUCCUCGCAGCAGGCUCCAUCCAGAACCCCGACUACGUGCCUACGGAAUACCAGACAUUCCUCCUCACCGUCCUCCUUAUGCUCAUCCACGGCGUCAUGUCCUCGCUCCCAACGAAGUGGCUCGCGCAGAUCAACUCAGGAGGCUCCACAUUCAACUUUAUCGCUCUAAUCAUCGUCAUCAUCAUGAUCCCCGCCGGCACGGACCGAGAGUCGCGCGGUCUCCCCAGAUUCACCUCCUCGAGCGAGGUCUGGGGGACUAUCUACGAGGGCACCUCCUUCCCGCCCGGCAUCUCCGUCUUGAUGUCCUUCAUCGGCGUCAUCUGGACCAUGAGCGGAUACGACAGCCCCUUCCAUCUUGCCGAGGAGUGCUCAAACGCGAACAUUGCGUCGCCACGCGCCAUUGUGCUUACUUCAGGCAUCGGCGGUCUGCUGGGCUGGUUCCUCCAACUCAUUGUUGCGUACACGGUCGUCAGCAUCGACGACGUGCUGGAGUCGGAUCUCGGACAGCCGUUUGCGGCCUACCUUAUGCAGUGCAUGUCGCAGAAGGCGACGCUGGCUAUCCUGUCGCUGACCAUCAUUGCGGGCUUUUCUAUGGGCCAGGGCUGCAUGAUUGCCGCGUCGAGAGUCACGUUCGCGUAUGCGCGCGAUGACUGCUUCCCGCUGUCCAGCUACUGGAAGAAGGUCAACACUACGACGCGCACGCCCGUCAACGCCGUGUGGUUCAACUGCGUCAUCGGCAUCAUUCUCCUGCUCCUCAUCUUCGGCGGGGAACUCGCUGUCGGCGCGCUGUUCUCCAUUGGCGCUAUCGCUGCUUUCGUCGCCUUCACAACCCCCAUCUUCAUCCGCGUCUUCUUCGUCGGCCACCGCUUCCGCGCCGGCCCCUGGAACCUCGGCCGCGCCAGCAUCCCCAUCGGCGUCGUCGCGUCCGCCUUCGUCGCUCUCAUGGUCCCCAUCCUGUGCCUGCCCAGCGUCACCGGCGCCGACCUCACCCCGGACAUGAUGAACUGGACCUGUCUCGUCUACGGCGGGCCUAUGCUGUUCGUGCUCGUCUGGUGGGCGGUUAGCGCGCGCAAGUGGUUCAAGGGCCCGAAGGUUAAUGUCCAGCAUCUUAUGCUGGGCCGCGCGGAGAAUGUUGUUGAGGGCGUGGGCGAGGGGAAGGCGGGGGAGAGGGAGAGCGAUGGGGAGAUGCCGGAGCUGGGGCUGACGGGGAGCACGGAUAAGCCGCCCGAGUUGAAGUAG